CCUAGCCGGGAUGCUCCUCCACUCAGAUGCGCCCCAAGUCUGCAGGGAGCCUGGAUUGCUCCCUGUUACCACAUCCCUAGGACAGGUUGGGACUCUGAGGCCCAGUCACUUGCCCAGGAAUUCUACUCUAGCAGUCGUCAGGCAGAGCCGUCUCCUGCCUCAGCACAAGGCUCCCUCCCUUCAUCCCUCCGCAGCCAUGGUGUCGGUGAAGCUGGGCCCCGCCAACUUCUCCAGCUGCCCCAACGGCUCCAGCCAGUGGAUAUGGGACGUGCUCGGCGAGUGCGCCCAGGACGGCUGGGACAAGGCCAGCGUGGGCCUGGGCUUGCUCUCCAUCCUCUGCUUUGCGGCAUCCACCUUCCCCCAGUACAUCAAGGCCUGCAAGACGGGCAACAUGGACCAGGCCCUGUCCCUGUGGUUCCUCCUGGGCUGGAUCGGCGGAGACUCCUGCAAUCUCAUCGGCUCCUUCCUCGCUGACCAGCUGCCCCUGCAGACCUACACGGCCGUGUACUACGUCCUGGCCGACGUGCUGAUGCUGUCUCUGUACUUCUACUACAAGUUUAAGAAGCGCCCCUCUCCGUGGUCUGCCCCCAUCAACUCUCUGCUCUUGUUCAUCCUGGGCAUGGCGUGCACCACCCCACUGCUGAGAAGCGCUGGCUCGGGGGCUGCCCCGAGGGAGGUCUUCCGGGGGCGGACACUCUUGUCCGUGGAGCCGAGCAAUAAGCCCUUCACGAGAAAGGAGGUCAUUGGCUUCGCCAUCGGCUCCGUGUCCAGCGCGCUGUACCUGUUCUCCCGGCUGCCUCAGAUCCGCACCAACUUCCGGCGGAAGUCGACCCAGGGGAUCUCGUACUCAUUGUUCGCUUUGGUGAUGCUGGGGAACACGCUGUAUGGACUGAGCGUGCUGCUCAAAAACCCCGAGGAGGGCCAGAGCGAGGGCAGCUACGUGCUGCACCACCUGCCCUGGCUCGUGGGCAGCCUGGGCGUCCUGCUGCUCGACACCGUCAUCUCCGUGCAGUUCUUCAUGUACCGGCAUGCUGCCCCCUCGUCUGAGUGCCAGCCGCUCCUCCCCAGCUGAACAGGACCGGGCCAAGCCCGGGCCUGGGGCGGGGCGGUGCCCGGGGCCUCUCGACGCCCCCAGGAAGGGAGAAGCGCGCAGUGAUGGGGCUCCUCGCCCUGGUCUAGGCCGGGGGACACCGGGGAGCCCAGAACUGCCAGCCCAACCGCCCCCCAGCACCCUCAAAGGCUCGUGAGCUGAAGCCCUGGCUGACCACCUCUUCCAGGAAAACGGCCCCUGGCCCAUCACCCCCACUUGGGACUUGUCCUCCCCGGGGCCUGAGGCCACUCUCCCUGGAGCCCGGGAACCAGCUGCAGCAAACACUCACCUCUCAGAGGCCCUGAGCCCUGUGAUUCACCUACCUCACUGCCCAUCACCCCCUUGGCACCCCUCACCCCCCAAGGAGGGGCCCAGGCGCACCCAGGCCUGCUCCGUCCACCACACGCAGCCUAGUAAACGGUACUCCCAGGUGGCCUGUGGUGGUCUUCCUUCCCCAGAUGCCAGGCUCUGGGGAAUGGGGAGGGAUGGGAGUCAGGCCCCAGGUGGGCCUGAGGGCUCAGAGUGUGGGAGAUCUAGGCUGGAGGGGGCUGUGUCUGCUGGCCUGUCCCUGCCUAGCCUCCCGGGCCUCUGAGUUCUUCAACCUGUUUUCUCUGUGACGGCUCCAUACCUGGUGGUAAGGAUGCAGCGGCGAGAAAAGACCCUCCAACGGGGUCCCCGCUCUGUGGCGCUCAGCAAGAAGCAGGACAGUUAAGGUUCAGACCUUGGUUCUGCACCUCCGCUCCCCUGUGCCACACUUACCUUAUCUGUGCAAUGGGACGAUAGUACCACCACUUCUCAUGCCCUUCUAAGGAGCAAAUAAAAUGGUGUGGCUAUGGAGGUUACCCCAAGUGUGGCGGCAGUAAAAGCUCCAUGAAGGUUAGCUUUGGUCAUUUUUUGAUGGCGGAGGACAAUCAGAUUCCCCUGGAAAUCGGGGAGACCUUCCAGGGGGAGGUGACACGGCAGACGGAUGAGCAGGAGAUAACCCCGGGGAAGUAAGGGUGUUGCAGGUGGGAAGGGUGGAGAGGAGGGCAGAGCUUAGCCCGGAGCUCUAGCUCCUCUGCCGCAGCCUCGA